GUUUCUCCGUGAUGGCAGCGGCCCUUUUCGAGAGCACGACUCCUUUUGGCAUCCUUUGGUGCCACGUCCAGACGAGACUGGGGAGAUUCAGCGGAAAAUGGAAAUGAUUGGCGUGGCGCGUUUCCGCUUGGACCACAUCGCUGCCCUCUUCGAUCUCGAGCGCCAGGCCGUGUUCGAUCUCCAUGGAGGCCAAGAAGCUCUGCGGCUUGUGCCCUUCCACAAGGAGUACACGGAUUAUCUCAUCGACCAUGGAGUUGAGCGAAGUAUCUAUGGCCUCUUCUCUGGCAUGGUACAGCAGCAUGGGUGGACUGGGAAGCUCAAGUGGUCCCUAAACUCUCCGGAUGGACUCGUCUUUUGA